UGGUGCAGGUUUUUCAAGUCACACACACCUGCCUGUCAUACAGACUUUCUCUCUCUCUCUCUCUCUCUCCUUCAUUCAUACACACUCACACACCUCUAGGGAUAAAGGUGCUGUCUGAGGUUCCUGCCUCUGUAGGUACAUUCGUCUAGAACCUUGGCUGCUCAGAGAAGAUCUCCUUGGCCCAGCUCUCUGUUUGCUACCAAACGUGUACAAAGUGAAAAUGUCCAUGGAAAAGGCUAUCAGAGAAGACCAGGUGGAGAUUUUGGAGUACAACUUCACCAGAAUCAGCAAGAACCCUGACCGUGCCACCCUUGACCUCAUUGCUGCCGAGGCAGGGCUAUCAGUAGAAGAGGUGCUAGAGUGGUUCAAGAAGCGCCUGGGAGAGUGGAGGAGAUCGGAGGGGCUCCCUUCAGAAUGUAGGUCUGUCAGAGAUUGACUAAAGCCCCCUUUUGGACACAGCUCUGGAAAAUGGACAGCAGCUCAGUUCUUGCUUUCUCCGUGGAAUAUUAUUGUCAAAAAUAUUUUUUCCUAUUAUUUAACCUGAUGCUUAUUUAAAAUAUAUAUAACUAGAGGUGGAAAAUAAGUACAUAAAAUCAUGCAUACUAGUUAUAAUGUAAUAUUUUAUGAAACUUACAAAGAGAAAGCUACAAACCAUGCCUAUAGCAGACACACUGAUAACAUAAUGGUUAAAUGUUUCCAUUAAUUCCAGCAAAAUUAAUAGGAAGGAGCAGAAGCAGGCUGACUAUGUUUUUCUUGUCUACUAUGAGAAAUGGGUUCAGCACCAGAGCCCAGGAAAGCAAUAUCUAGAGUCAGCUGCAUCCAUUAACAUCCUAUGGGAACUUGAUAAACAAAAGAAGUUGGGGCAUGAUCCAUCUUGUGGUGUUAUGAAGGCCUUGAUGUAUACACAAACAAGAGAACAAGUUACAACUUGUCUGAGUCGACACUCAGCAACUAUGUACACAGAAAAAUCACACAACCCAUUGCGAAUUCAGGGCAGAUACACCAAUGCAUACUGUGAAACAUCCUUCUGCAAUCUUGAGCAGAGUACAAUAUCUUGAGUCCCACUACUGUGGCUUGCUAAUAGUCAGAUCAUGUAAAGAUCCAACUAGCCAACCCGGGAAGUACAUAAAAAUGCUAGGAAUAAAAAUAUGCCAGCACAGCUUGCUUCUUUCUCCUUGCCUUUCCUCUACCUCAUGUACUGCUGUCCAUAAUGCUUAGAAAAAUCCCCCUGUCUUGGAUACCUGGUGGAAAGCAUUCAACAUACAUGUAGAGACUACCCAAAUCCACCAAAAGGACUGGCUUAUGUCCAUAGUUCAUUAGGUGUCAGCAUAAUUAAAUGAAUACAAGGGGCAUACAGGUGAAACUCAAAAAAUUAGAAUAUCGUGCAAAUGUUCA